AUGGCCAAAAAUCCUAAACCUGAACUCACAUCAAACCUUAAAGGAGAUGAUGUACUGACAGGAAACUCAGUGACUUUGUACUGUACACUGAAGCUGCAGUCUGCUGGAUGGAAGUUUUACUGGAGAAAAGACACACAGAGACGUGAGACUGAGACUGAAACACACUACCACACCAUCAGAUCAGUCACAGUCUAUGAUGGAGGUCAGUACUGGUGCAGAGCUGGAAGAGGAAACCCAGUCUACUCCACACCCUACAGUGAUGCACUCUGGGUAAAUGUUAUUGCGAGUCCUAAACCUGUGGUGUAUAUAGAGCCUGAAAGACACGUGUUCAGCGGAGAGACUGUAACUUUCAGGUGUGAAAUACAGACAGGAAGAGACACUGAGUGGAGAUAUGACUGGUAUAAGGAUGAUAACACACUCGACCCAAAACACACAACACAGGAGUUCAGUAUCAGCUCUGUUCCAGACUCUUCUAGAGGGAAAUACACCUGCAGAGGGAGGAGACACAGUGACAAUCAGAUCUCAAAGACGAGUGAUUCUGUUACUCUCACUGUAUCAGAAAAACCCAAACCUGAACUCACAUCAAGCCUUAAAGGAGUAUUGACAGAAAACUCAGUGACUCUGUACUGUACACUGAAGCUGCAGUCUGCUGGAUGGAAGUUUUACUGGAGCAAAGACACACAGAGACGUGAUACUGAGACUGAAACACACUCCUACACCAUCAGAUCAGUUAGAGUCUCUGAUGGAGGUCAGUACAGGUGCAGAGCUGGAAAAGGAAACCCAGUCUACUACACACACUACAGUGAUGCACUUUCAGUAAAAGUUACUGAGAAUCCUAAACCUGUGGUGAUUAUAAAGCCUGAUACACAAGUGUUCAGAGGAGAAACUGUGACUUUCAGGUGUGAAAUACAGAGAGGAAGAGACACUGAGUGGAGAUACGACUGGUUUGAGGAAAGGAAAAAUUACAUGAAUCCUUAUUAUCAGAAGCUAAAUUCACCUUAUACAACACAGGAGAUCAGCUUCAGCUUUAAAACUAUUAUAGAGGAAUACACCUGCAGUGGGAGGAGACACAGUGACAAUCAGAUCUCAAAGACAAGUGAUCCUGUUACUCUCAUUGUAUCAGAAAAACCCAAACCGACUGUGAAACCUCAGAGCUUCAUCUACACUGGAGACAGAGUUACUCUCAACUGUAAUCUGCAGUCUACUGGAUGGAGCUUUUCCUGGUAUAAAGAUAACCAUAAAUUACCUGAAGCCCAAAAUACCAACCCACUCAGUGUGAUCAUCUCUAAUGAAGGACAAACAACAUACUACUGCAAAGCACUCAGGGGAAACUACGAGUCAGAGUUCAGUGCUGCAGCUACAGUUACAGUUAAAGCGAGACCAAAGCCUGUAGUGAAAAUACACCCAGCUGUGAAUGUGUUCAUUGGGGAAACUGUCACCACAUGUGACAUACAGACUGGAGGAUCCUGGAAGUAUCACUGGAAUAGAAGUAAUGAAGAAAUCAGAGCUGCUGCAGGAGAGAAGACCUACACAAUCACUGAUGUUAAAGACUCUAAUAAAGGUCCUUAUAGCUGUAAAGGAACUCAAUCAUCAGACCCAGAAUACACACAGAGCAGUGAUGCAGUUACACUGACUGUAUCAGAAAAACCUGAACCUGAACUCACAUCAGAUCUUAAAGGAGCUGCACUGACAGGAAACUCAGUGACUCUGUACUGUACACUGAAGCUGCAGUCUGCUGGAUGGAAGUUUUACUGGAGCAAAGACACACAGAGACGUGAAACUGAGACUGAAACAAAUCACUACUUGUUCAGAUCAGUCAGUGUCUCUGAUGGAGGUCAGUACUGGUGCAGAGCUGGAAGAGGAAACCCAGUCUACUACACACACUACAGUGAUGCACUCUGGGUAAAUGUUACUGAUAAAUCUGCUUCAGUGUCUCUGAUCAUCAAUCCCAGCAGAUCUCAACACUUUACUGCUGACUCUCUCUCACUGAGCUGUGAGGACCAGAGAGACUCUACUGGAUGGACAGUGAGAAGAUACACACACAGUGAGGCAUCGCUUGAUUGUUCAUCAGUUUCAGGAUCUACAUGUAACAUCAGCUCCCUCUCUCCAUCACACACUGGAGUUUACUGGUGUCAGUCUGAAUCUGGAGAACGCAGUGAUUCUGUCAAUAUCACAGUACACAAUAGUCAUGUGAUCCUGGACAGUCCUGUCCAUCCUGUAACUGAGGGAAAUCCUCUGACUUUACACUGUUUAUAUCACAACACAAAGAUCUCAACUGGUAUUGAUUUCUAUAAAAAUGAUUCAAUCAUCCAGAAUCAGACUACAGGAGUGAUGACCAUCAGCAGUGUCUCAAAGUCAGAUGAAGGUUUCUACCACUGUAAACAUCCAGAGAGAGGAGAGUCACCGAGAAGCUGGAUUUCAGUCAGAGAUUCACCUUCUUCAGCUACUGGUGUAAUUAUAGGACUGAGUUUGACUUUCACAUUUGUCAUCAUAAUGAUCGUAAUGAUCAUGUUGUUUCACCACAAAAAGAAAAAAGAUGCAGCAUAUCAGACUCCUUCUACAGUAAAUCAGGACACCACUCAGCCUCCAGCUGAUGAUAACGUCUAUGAAAGUGCAGAUGUAACAGCCACAGAUGUUUCUGCAGCUGGAACCAGCAGUAUCAUCAACUCACAGGCUCUCACUAGAAACCAGAAACAAAACAAUGCUGGUGCAGGACCAAGUGAUGUGAUUUAUGCUGAUAUUGAAAUGAAAAAACAAAAGAAACCAAAGAGGAAACAGGGAAAGAGCAGUAAGGGAGAUGAUACUGUGUACUCAGAACUGAAGCAAAACACAGAUGAAGAUGCUGCUGCUGGACCGAGUGAUGUGACUUAUGCUAAAAUUGACCUAAAAAAACUAAAGAAACCCAAGAAAAAACAAGGAAAGAACAACGAGGGAUCUGACACUUUGUACUCAGAGCUGAAGAAGAACAUAGAUAAAGAUGCUGCUGGACCGAGUGAUGUGACUUAUGCUAAAAUUGACCUUAAAAAACAAAAGAAACCCAAGAAAAAACAAGGUCCAUGAAGAAAGUCUAAAGUCUCCAAUCAGGAACUGCUGAUUCAGCUAAAGUACAUGGUAAAAACAUAGGGGUCAUUACGUAGUUUCUGUAUUUGUGUUCUUCUUUUUUCUAAUCUGAACAUUGUACAAACUCCUGAUAGUGAUAUUAAAAGAGGAAGAGGGAAGAGGAAGCUGUGUUUAUAUCUAAAUUUUUAUAUUUAACAAUGUAACAGAAUUAUACUCACGUCAACUCAAGUUGUUAUUCAUUAGAUCAGAAUAAUGUAUAAUCUGGCAGUAGAUUAAGUGUUAAUUGGUUUAUUUUAAUACUGAUUUCAUGCUCAGUUACAAAAAACUAAUACAAUUAAGCUUAUAUGGUUUAUAAACGUAUACAUUUUUAUAGCUUAUAUGGACGUUGUUUUUGCAAGUUUCAUUUAUGUAUGUUUGUGUUUAUUUACUCAUUUAUGUUAUUUGCCUGUUAGUGUAAUGCAAAAAAGACACUUUCAGCACUGGAUGAUAAUCAGAUAUUUUGACUGCACUGCUUUAAACAGUAAUAAUGCAGUAUUGCCCUUGAGUCACUGUGUUUCCUUCAUACAUAGAAUGAUAUUGUGUCUGUUUUUUGUUAAAAAAAUUUUUUACUAUAAACAAGAUUUUACCUUUAA